AUGUUGGCCGUGCAAGGAGGCCGAAGCAGUGGCCAUUCGACUAGCGAACCCAGCACUCUGUUGUCAGAAGACGCUGACACAAGCAGUCUGUCUGCCCUCGCCGGCUCCAGAUGGUGAUCGCACGCCGUCCCGAUGCCGUAAGAGCAGUCUCACACACCCACAGCGCCUUCAAUCUAACCGGAACCCGUCUCAUUUCCCCUAUCCUCCCACCCCAACUCCACCUUCCUCAACACCCUGAGUCCGUCAUGCGGGCGGCGUGGGAACAUGGAGUCCGAGUAAACCUGCUGCUUAGACGCAUUUAUAUUCUGCGUACAAUUAGAAUGGUCAUUACCCAUGUAACUGUAUCGGCCUGAUAAUGAGUUACCAAAAGUGUAUUUUCAUCAACUUACUCUUCAAUCAUAAUAUUGGAAUUUUCACAGAACUACUUCGUUGUCCUCGCACGUCCGCAUACAUUCCAAGAAAUCAUCUACGCUGAGGCCACAAAUGCUUACUAUCCCAACAAACCAUUAAGUACCUACGUUGAUUAUGGUCGUUAUCCUGGAUAUUAUAGGUAACGGGCACGUUAUAUAGGCUGUGGAACUGUCGUCCACCCGCACAAACCCGUUAUGGAGGUGGAAGGUUCUACAGAAAUUAUUGGAAAGUCGGAUUCGACAAGUAUGAAUAAAAGAUGUAAAGAAGUAAAAACGUUGAGCUAAACAAGACUCCUGAAAAGCAAACGAUCAGUGAAAUCUGCCAAAAAGGUUGCUUUUACGCCCUGUUCAUUUUGUGUCACCACCAAAGUUUCGUGUUUACCGCAGCCAUUUAGCUACAUCGCCUCUAUCGACCCACGUGCUGGGUAUCUGCUGGGCUUAUAUGCUCCACGUGCGUUACAUACACUGACGAUGCUUCUUCUUCUGUAUAGGCUUCCAGUUAUUCCUGUGCCUGAAUAAAUGCCUUGAACACGAUGAAAAAUUAAAAAUUUGUGUUUUGGCUGAACCUUUGUCUUAUCAAACAUGCUAAGCGAUUCAGUGUCUAGACGGGAAUUAGUACCCCAACAGGAACUUUCAGAAAGUCGGGGAUCUGGAGGCCUGGAGAUAGCAGGUUACACAAGUGAAACGUUUCGUGACCUAUGACCUGCUGGAUUUUGUUUGUCUGCUUAGCCCCACCUGUGUUGCACGCCACCAUAGGGCGCUCAUUCUGGCGUGGCGUGUCGUGGGUGUCGGGCGUCUUGCUCCUGUUUUUAGGUUCGUCUAUGAUGCUUAUUUGCUACUAUGAAUACGUGAAAACCAACCACUUCUGAUAUCCUGUGUAUCUUUGGAACUGACCUUGUCUACCUUUGCGUUUUAGAUAUCGGUGUUACUAUAGGCAUGCGGUGCUAGCUGGCCAGCGGUUUACGUAAGUCUUUUUCAAGAAAUGAUGUUUAUUUGCUACUUUUGAAGCCUUGAUAUUAGUCAAAGUCUGAAACCCUCACUCAUAUGGCUUGUUGGCAUCACACCCAACAGUGCUUUGGACGGGCAUUCUGCGGACAAUGGCAGUUGUGGGCACGCCCCACCACAUGGUUGGAUGAUUCGGCAGGAUUCAGAUGUCACCGGCCGGUGA